GGAUUUUUACGUAGUAUUUUAUUAAUACCAUUUAUAAUUAAGGUUUAAAAAAUUAAUGGUAGCAUUCAAUGGAUUAUACUUUGGCUUUUAAUCUUCCCGUUAUGCUUCAGUUGUUGCCAGCUGAGCAUAUUGACAUAACAUGUGAAUUCGUGCAUUGGUUGUAGUAUUUUUGUUGUUCGUAUAGUGGUAUUACUAGGAAAUAGAAAUAGAGCCUCAUUCUUGCCCAAAAUUUGUGUUUUAUUUAAUAGGUGAGUCUCCAUUGUUUAAAUGGCAUCAGUACGGUACAAAAAGCUUGAAAAUGUAUCUGAUGAUGAAGAAAUUCACGUUUUAACUGAUGCAUCAAAGUCACCAAGCAAUGAUGACAAGUCAAUUAAGCUAAAAAGGACGGUUGGAGUGCUGGAUGGGGCGAGUAUUGUUGUGGGGUCUAUGAUUGGGUCAGGAAUUUUCAUUGUCCCAACUGGAAUUUUAGGAUACUGCAAUGGGGACAUGACUAUGAGUAUAAUAAUUUGGAUAAUAGGUGGCAUAAUUUCAAUGUUAAUGGCUCUGUGUUACUGUGAGCUUGCCACAUUGCUGCCAGAAUCUGGCGGUACUGCAGCAUACCUAAAAGCAGCGUAUGGUGAUGCUGUUUGUUUUGUAUAUUUGUGGAUUUUGUUGGUUUCGGCAACUCCUCAAGGUUCUGCUGUGCAAGUUAUAGCUUUAGGGGAUUAUAUAUCCAAUGCAAUCAAAGUGCUAACCGGACAAUGUGGCUCAGAAUCAAAGCUCCAGUCGAAGUUGAUUGGGUGUUCGAUCAUGUUUCUUUUGUUGGUGUGCAAUAUGACCCGUGUAAAGUUUGCUCUUAAAAUACAGGUAUGGUGCACUGUCGGAAAAGUAGCAGCACUAGUUCUCAUAUCAACCAUGGGACUUAUAAUGUUGAUAUCCGAUAGUUCUUUAUUUGUUGCUAACUUUCAACACUCACUUUCUAGCAGUAUUGUGUACUCAUCAAAAACUUUAAAUAUUUCAAAUGAUGUUUCAGUGUUAAACACACUCUAUGCUUCAGUUCAUACUGCCCCUGAUAUAGCAAACUUCAGCCUUGCUAUAUUUCAAGCUCUAUGGGCAUAUGAUGGGUUCGAUAACCUGACUUACAUUACUGAAGAAGUAAAGAAACCAAAAAAAACAUUGCCAAAAAUUAUAAUUCUUUCUGUUUUGUUUGUAAUGGGAUUGUAUGUUGCUGUAAAUUUGUCUUAUUUUGCCGUCCUUAGUGAAAAAGAAAUGCUGGGGUCAAAUGCUGUUGCUGUGAGCUUCGCUGCGAAAAUCCAUCCUCUGCUAACUUAUGCUGUAACAACUGGUGUAUGUUUGUCAUUAAUCGGUUCAAUCAAUGUUGGUUUCUUGACUGUUGGACGGAUGCCAUUUGUUGCUGCAAGAAUGGGUUUUAUGCCUGAGGUUCUCUCAAUGAUUCAUAUCAACUGCUUUUCACCCGUUCCCGCCUUGCUGUUUCUUACUGCUUUAACUUCACUGAUGCUUAUUCCUAGUAAUAUUGACAUAUUGCUUAAAGCUGUCAUUUUUACAUUGUGGGCAUUUCGAAGUGGUUGUGCCUUGGGUGUAUUAAUAUUGAGGUGGAAAAUGAAAGACGUAAAAAGGCCUUAUAAGGUCUACAAAGUAACAGCAGUUCUGGCCACUGUGUUUGGCUUUUACUGUGUUUUGGUUCCACUUCUGUUCCGCCCACAAAUCCUAUAUGGUCUUUCAAUUAUUCUGGCCGUAACAUUUUACCUGAUCUUCUGUUUGUUGCAACGUGGGUACGUGCAGAUGACUGGUGUUGGAAAAAUCUCAAUCUUUGUUCAAAAGCUGUUGAUGGUCACUGCCACCAGUGAUGAAAAGAAAAUAUCAUAAGGAUACACAAUUCUACAUCUGAUGAAAGUAUUUCACUGGGUGUGACAUUUGGUGAUCCAAUUGACUGGUGGAUUCUUUCAUUCGUACUAUAUCGUUUAAUACCCAACUUUGGCAUUUUGUUUAAACUAACUAUGUUUUGUUUCUAAUGUAUUUACACAGCCAUUAAUAUGCACAGAUUUUAUUUGCAUCAGUAGGUACUUUUAACAAGUGCAAUUUCUGUUCAAUACACAAAUACUUUUCUUAUGCACUUGUCGGUAAAUAAUUUCUUAUUCAGACAAUCCUAUAUGUUUCUAUUGUUCGCAAUAUGUUUUCAGUUCUACUUUGUAUCUGUAUGUUGCAUCGUCAAUCCUUUCAUACACAAUUGUAGACGGAACAUGUUUUUGCCCCCUUUUGAAUAAUAAACUACCGCCCGAAUCGUUGUGAAUAAAGACAAUUGCCAGAU